AUGAGAGGAAAGGGACCGAUUGUGCCACUGUAUGGAAAAUUACAUCGAAUAGAGAAAGUUGAUGCUCUGCCUUCUUCAAGAUAUGACAUGGUGGAUACUGGAGAUGGUAAGAAAAAGCGGAAAUGUGAAUAUCUUCAAGAAUCGUUAACAACAGGUCGAACUGUGAACAGCGUGUUGCUGAAUGAUGGUCCUCUUCUUGGACGGGAAUUUGAUUCUCUUCCUUCAGGACCCAAAAAUUACACCCAUGCUUGUCAACAGGACCACGAGUCUGUAAAAAGGAGGAAGGCUUCCUAUAGUGCACUUCAAAAUCACCCUAACUGUAAUAUGAAAGCACCUGUGAAGAAACAUGGUAUGGGCAAAGGUCUGAUGACAGUUUGGAGGGCAACAAAUCAUGAUACUGAAGACCUUCCAGUCGGUUUUGGUUUUUCUGACCGAGAAACACCAAUAUCAAUCAACAGGUCUCAGAAAGCAGUAACUGUGAAUGGAAAGCCAAGAAAUAAAUUGCCUAAUAGGAAACCUACAUUCCAGGGGAAGAGGAAACAUUUUGUGCAAACAAGAGAGGGUGAAUCAAACCAGUAUGUGACUCAGAACCAGCCACCCAUAGAAAAUUGUGAGCUUGCUUUAGACAACUCAAUAUCUGAGGAGGGAGUUGAUCAAAUUUCAAUGUUAAUUGAUGAUGAAGAGUUAGAGCGGAGAGAGUUGCAAGAAGGAACCAAUCUGCUUGUUUGUUCAAAUGAACUUGCAGCCUAUGGAAUGCUCGGUGACUCACUUUGUCCAGAUGUGCUAGUCAAGUUUCCCCCAGGUGCUGUCAAGAUGAAGAAACCUAUACAUUUGCAACCUUGGGACUCAUCUCCAGAACUGGUGAAGAAAUUAUUUAAGGUGUUCCAUUUCAUAUAUACAUAUGCUGUAGUUGUUGAUGUUUGUCCCUUCACUCUUGAUGAGUUUGUUCAGGCAUUUCAUGAUAAGGACUCAAUGUUACUCGGAAAGAUUCACGUGGCCCUUCUCACAAGGCUUCUAUCUGACAUUGAAGUAGAGCUUUCUAAUGGGUUUUGUCCUCAUUUAAAUAAGUCAUGCAACUUUCUUGCGUUGCUUCACUCAGUUGAAAGUCAAGAAUAUUCCCUCAACGUUUGGAAAAGAUCACUAAACCCUCUUACUUGGAUUGAAAUACUGCGCCAAGUGCUGGUAGCGGCUGGAUUCGGUUCCAAGCAAGGUGCCUUACGAAGAGGAGUCCUUGGCAAGGAAUUGGAUAUUUUUGUAAACUAUGGCCUAUGCCCUGGCACCUUGAAGUGUGAGUUGUUUAAAAUCUUGUCAGAACAAGGUAAAAAUGGAUGCAAAAUUUCUGAGCUGAAAAAGUCUUUGCAGAUUGCGGAAUUAAACCUUGGCAGCACAACGGAGGAACUAGAGUCUUUAAUAUAUUCCACACUCUCAAGUGAUAUUACUUUAUUUGAAAAGAUUUCAUCGUCUGCAUAUCGAUUGCGUAUGAGUACUAUUACAAAGGACACUGAUGAUUGUCAGUCAGAUGCAGAGGACUCUGGCAGUGUUGAUGAUGAGCUUAGUGAAUCUGACACAUGUAGCAGCGGAGAUGAUUUUGAAAUCAAUUCAGUAAACCCUAAUAAAAGAAAAUUUAAGCGUGAUAACAGUAGUAAAGUUAAACAUAAUAGGCUAAAAGUUUACACUGAAAUUGAUGAGAGCCACACAGGAGAAGUGUGGUUGUUAGGACUGAUGGAUAGUGAGUACUCAGAUUUGAAAAUUGAAGAAAAAUUGAAUGCAUUGGCAGCAUUGACCGGUCUUCUUUCAUCUGGAUCCAGCAUCACGGUGAGGGAUCCAGUAAAUGUUAUAGCUGAUUAUAGUUCAAGUAUCCAAUUACAUGGUUCUGGAGCAAAAAUUAAGAGAUCAAUAGUAAAGAAGCCAGGUUCAUUGUUGAACCCAAUUGAACAAAUACAAUGUAUUAAAGAGGUGCACUUGAGUUCUCACUCUGGUUCAGUAGAUUCCUCGUUAUUAGCCUCAAAAUUCCAUAUGCAGGAAGCGUCCUUUGAGAAAAGAAAAGGUUCAGCUAAUUCACACCCCAUACAAUCAGUGUUUCUGGGAUCUGAUCGUAGAUACAAUAGAUACUGGCUUUUCUUGGGCCCUUGUAAUGCCAGUGAUCCUGGACACAGGAGGGUUUACUUUGAAUCUUCUGAAGAUGGACACUGGGAGGUGAUUGAUACAGAAGAGGCAUUGUGUGCCUUGUUGUCAGUUCUGGAUGAUAGAGGAAAACGUGAGGCUCUUCUUAUUGAAUCUUUGGAGAGACGACAAACAUCUUUACGUAGAUCUAUGUGCAGGGUUAAGGUUAACAAUAUUGGAAUGGGGUGUAUGUCACAUUCUGACCAGUCCGAGCUGGAUAGGGUUACAGAAGACAGCUGUUCUCCAGUAUCUGAUGUAGACAAUCUGAAUCUGACUGAGACUGCUAGAGACUCUUUGCCGUCACCUGGUGCUGUGGUAAUUGAAGCUGGGAAGAAAGCAGAGGAACAACGACAAAAAUGGAUUCGCAUUCAAGAAUUUGAUUCUUGGAUUUGGAAUUCCUUUUAUUUAGAUCUCAACGUUGUAAAAUACGGCAAAAGGUCUUAUCUUGAUUCUCUCGCUAGAUGUAGGAGUUGCCAUGACCUAUACUGGAGAGAUGAGAGGCACUGUAAAAUUUGUCAUAUGACAUUUGAGCUUGAUUUUGACCUCGAAGAAAAAUAUGCAAUCCACAUAGCAAUGUGCAGGGAGAAAGAAGACAGCAGUACAUUUCCAAAUCAUAAAGUCUUGUUAUCACAGAUCCAAUCAUUGAAAGCUGCAAUUUAUGCAAUUGAGUCUGUUAUGCCUGAAGACGCCUUGGUUGGUGCUUGGAGGAAGUCUGCUCAUAAUCUAUGGAUCAAAAGACUUAGACGCACCUCGACUUUAGUGGAGCUUUUGCAGGUUCUUGCUGAUUUUGUUGGUGCCAUCAAUAAGGGCUGGUUAUUUCAGUGCAAAUUUCCAGACGGUGUGGUUGAAGAAACUAUUACAUCUUUUGCAUCAAUGCCCCAUACUUCAUCUGCUCUUGCUCUGUGGUUGGUGAAGUUAGAUGCCAUAAUUGAUCCUUACUUGGACAGAGUUCAGACUCAGAAGAAACAGGGAAUUGGUAAGCGUGGUUCGUAG